CUGCUUUCCUCGUGGUCUGAUUGGCUGCGGCGGCUGAGGCAGCGUUUUCAAACACGGAAGUGACCGCUGAGUGGGUUUUAACCAUAGACUGUAUAUACUACUCACUACUUUCUUAAUACUUUAUACAGUCUAUGGUUUUAACGGUUGUUUGUUUCAGUAUUACAUACUUAACGUUUUAUUUGUAUAUUUAAGGAGACGUGGCUCUAAGUCUCGGUUAGAAACCUUAAGUACAGAGAUGUUUGCGCUCCUUUUACCGGUUCCACCCUCUGACGGACCUUCUUGUUGAUUUUAGGAACUUCUCUAUCAGACUUCAGGACUGAAGAUGGACCGAACACGGACGGUGUCCCGGUUCUUCAUAUCCGUGUUUCUCAUCAGUUUCCCCGCAGUUUCAGCGGCCGAACAGCCCAACAUCGUGUUCGUGUUGGCGGAUGACCUCGGCUGGAAUGAUGUGGGAUAUCACAACCCCGAUAUGAAAACACCAAACCUGGACAAACUGUCCGCCAACGGAGUCCGACUGGAGAACUACUAUGUCCAGCCUCUGUGUACCCCCUCCAGGAACCAACUCAUGACCGGCAGGUACCAGGUGAGGUGCUUCAGUACCAGAGGAAAUUUGGAUUUAAUUCAAUAUUUCAAUCUUCUGCCAUAAAAUACUGUCCUGCACCUUUAUUCUGUUAUUAAAUCAGAUUUUAUUUCAAUUAGACAUCCAGAUUUCUAAAUCCCACUAAAUCAAAACCAGAAUUUCAAGUGAGUUACACUAAUAUUUAAUGUAUUAUCUUUGUGGUCAAGGGGCAGAGCCAGAUCUUGCUGUCAGGAGUGGCCAGAUCAGGGCACUGACUGUUAAAGAGGUGGCAUAAAGCAAAACAAAUAUAAAUGAGAUUUAUGUAUCAUUUCUGUCUGAUCAUAAACACUUUUAACUACUAAAACAUGCAAGUGUCAUCCAGAUAAUCCAUCUAAACUAUAAUAUGCAUCAAUUAGGGCUGGGAGAUAAAACAAUAACAAUAUAUAUCAAAAAUUAAUUUCCCAAGAUAUCAAUAUAAAACAUGGUCAAUACGCUUUUUUACAGUUGACGUUCUACCAUGUUUUGGUGGACUAUACAAAUAGCCGGUAUAAAGGGGAGUUGCUCUGAGUCCAUACUGCACUGAACCAAUCAUGUGCUGAAUAAGAACCAAGUAGCGAACGUCUGCGUAGAAGCAGGCAGCAGCUACAUGCAACCACAGCGCUUUAACACGUGAAGCUGACAGCACUGUAGGUGAGAAAAAAAGAAAAUGAGUGCUACCCCUGACAGAAAUGAUGAUGAAGUCUCAACAGAUGACGCCAUCGUCGACAACACUGGCAUGAAAUCGUUGGUGGUGUGGAGGUGUUGUUUUUUUUUGAGGUCAGACAUGAAGCAGAGUAAUGUGCACUGCAAGUUAUUUUAAGUACGUGUUAAAUUUCAUUUAAGAGUAACAAGGAACAUUUCAGAUUAACAAGUGAUUUUUUUAAUAUCAUAAUACAUAUCGAUAUCAACUGAUAUGAAAAAAAUAUAUCGUGAUAAACUUUUUCCCAUAUCGCCCAGCCCUAGCAUCAUUAUCAAGUCAAAAACAGUCACAGUGCUUCAGCUGUUAUGUUGUGAUCAAAUGCAGAGACUGUGGAACAUCAAGUUCUGAUCUACAGAGGUCACUUCAGGACUCAUUAAUUCAUACACAAAAGAAAGAACUACCCAGAAGGGUUUCUGGCACUUUCCCCGUCUUUUUUGCAUGUUGGCAGUAUUUUCAUCGAUGUCAGAGCUUGUUCACUCUGUCAGGUUUUUUCAGGUCAGUAAUAUGAAAGUGAAAUGAGACAAUAAUUAGUUUAAGAGGAUACAAACUGUUAACCUGCUGCCGGGCAAAAAUGUCAGGGUGUAAAUACCUGUGAAGUUUUUCAUUCAAAAGAAGUAAUGAAGAGUUUAGUUCAUGUGUUUUAUAGAGGGAAAAGUGCUGUAUGGAAUAACAUCUCAAAAAAACAAAUGCCAGUGCCUCUUAUAUCGUUUUAUAUUAAACCUUCAGAGGUAAAAAUGUAGGUGUGUCCCCACACAGCAUACAUAUUACAUAUUUAUACACAUAUUUGAGCUUGAUUCACAGGAGGAAGUCUGAUUACAUUUAUGUUUGUUUGUAUGUUUAAAAAAUUGAGAAUAAUAAGACAAUGGUGGGGUAAAUGCAGGGGUUUAAUAUUAAAGAAUAUUAAAUUCUAAAGAUUUUGAAGAUAUAUUCAUUAAAAACUUGACGAAACAUGGAGCUGAUGCAUCACUGCCGUGGUGUUAUGUGGCAUCAUGGGUUGGUAAAUUGAAAAGAAAAUAUCACAGAUGGCGGUGAGGCUAGAAAAACUCCAUUAGGCUCGACACUGACAGUUCCCCUUAUUUUAAUUAAUCAUCCCUGUGAACUCAUCAUUACUUCUGUAGUCACGAGCCGCCAUGAUACACCAUGAUGAUGUUGUAAUGAGACAACUGCUUUCUGCAGGCUCUGGUUUGGACAGGAAAUGGGGGAGUAACGGUUUGCACACCAAGUUCCCAUUUACGACCCAGGCAACCAUUUGGGAGGUGAUAGUGAAUCUUUAACGCUUCCCAAAAAGGACAAGUUGCUUAUCAACCACACAGACCCAUAAACACGGAGUCUCUCACCCUGGUUGGGAAAGAUCAGAAUUGACACUUCAGGAUUAACCCAAUGACCUAGGGGGGAAAACAGGCCAGUUGGCGCCAAAUCUGAAAAACCAGAUACCUGCCAUAAAUUCCUUGGCUUUCUUUGCAGAGCAGAAGGAAGAGGAUGCCUGAAAAUGGUUUAACUUCUUGUUUAAUGGACACUUCACCAGAAUUUUCUGUCUGUACACCACAUUCUUAAUGAAAUGGUCUUUUUCCCAAUUCUGUAACAUGUCCACAAGCCAAACUGUUAACUUCACAAAUUUAUUCCAGGUUUUCCAUGGACCAAGAGCUCCUCCUAGUGGUGAUGCCUGAAUAUGGUUUGAUCAGAGCCAAAUGGCAGGAAUCUAAUCACGUGUAUUUCUUUCCUUUUGUUAUACACCUCGUAGCUUAGUAAAUGGUAUUCCCAAGAUAGGCUAGUAGUUUAGAAGUAGUAACGUGAAACUCGUUUAGACUCAAGUAAAGAGUUUCGGAAUGUAUCCAUACUAUGUUUUAUCUACCUCACACAAAAAUAUAUAUUAAUCAUCUAGGAAGCUUGAUUGACAAGGUUAUAAUGUUGUCAAAUAUUAUUACGUAUGUGUUUCUUAUGCUGGAUGGUGUUUCUGUUCGAAUAGAUAAUUGGUUUUCUGUCCCUCUCUAACUUUUAAAAGUCGUUAAUCCUCUGUUAGUGUCAAGAAGACGGCUGAUCAAAGUUUACUGUUUUCAAUGUCAUGCUUUAAUGCGUCUGCUCAUAAGAAACAAUGAAGUGAAAUGUGAUCGUAUGUGAUGUUACAAACAGUUUAAUCAUAGUGAGUGAGUAAAUUAGAUCUAGCUCGCUUUUAAUAUCAAGUUGAGUUAAUUCGCUGCCAGUCGAUGUGCUGCAUCGGGUUACAGCAUUGGCUGUAACUUUCCUCUUGGCUCACGCCCACACGGGACUGUUUAAAAGAGCCCGGGAGUCUUUGCUCAGUCUUCAGUUUUUUCUUCUCUUCAGUUUUUCUUCUCUUCUGUUUUUUUACUCUUCAGUUUUUGUCUCUUCCGUUUUUGUCUCUUCUGUGUUUUCUUUUGUCUUCGUCUAUCGUUCGCAAUUUUUCCCCGCGUUUUAUUAAGUGCCUUAAGCUCAGAUUUUUAUUCUAAACUUGGAUGAAAGCAUUCCCAAGUCCUUUAGAGCCUCAGUAACAAGCUGCACGCAUAAGAGAACCUCAGUCUAAGUUUUUUUAUUUUUGUUCGCUAAAGUGACUCCUGAAGAUAAUAUCGGCUGGCCAGCGAAAUUAUUUUCUUAAGUUAUUGGCGCGAAUUAAUCUGCAACCAAGCAAGUCCUGAACGCCGACCAGCAUCAUCUGCCAAGCUGCUUUGCCACCUGGUUCCGAGAGGCCCAGAGAUCCGAAGUAUCUAACGGCGCUGACACGGUCCUGAAGCUGAGAUCCAGACACGGCGGAAGAACUCCCCGCCGAACCUUCAGUAUCCGGUCCGGUAGCCACAGAACUUCAGCUGAUCCAUUCCAAGGGUGCCGCUGAGAACCGACGUCCAAAGUAGGCUAAAUCCUCUAAACUGCUGUGAUGAGAACUGGGUGAUGCCGUCAACCGUUCAGUAGCUUACUCUUAUAAGUUAUAGUUUAGUUCUCCAAAUUCCUUUUAUUUACCCUCGUAACUCCGUUAACGUAGGUUAAAUUUCCCCUUAUUCACUCACUAUUAUUAACCUCCAGUCUUAGGUUUAACUUAAACUAUUCCUUCGUUUAUUCAUUAGAUGUGCUUUGAUUUGCUCAUUAUUUGAUCAUCAUUUAUUGACGUUUUGUUAUCAUAUAGCUUGUUAAUAAAUUGUCCAUUUAAUUCUAAGUUGUCGUCUUAGUGGUCUUUCAGAAAGUAGUCCCUGAAUGAAGAAUUCCGGCCUCAGAUGAGAGACUGAUUUAAAUCUGUGUAAGACUGAUCCAACGUUUAAUUACUCAAUUGAACUUUAUUUCGUCCUUUUUCCCACCAGAAAGGUGGGUGGUGCCCCUUCAACGAGUGCAUAAAUGUCAUAAUUUAAUUUGAUUAAUUUUCGACAUUUAUUUUGAAUUUAAAAUCGCUACAGUAUUUGGUGCGGCCGUGCGAGGCCAUUCAAACGACUUCUGUAAGGCACUAACAGACAACUUUAAGAUUAUUUUAGAUUCCCAAACUAGUGAGAAACCCAAUUUCCCAACUUAGACUUCUUAAGAUCUAUGCUAUGCUUGCUGAAAUUACUGGAUUGCUUGCUUAAUGUAUGUCUGAUGCUUUUGAAAUUGCUGAACUGGGCGUUUGAUGUAUUUUCUGUUUCAUGUUCUGAUGAUAUUGAGCUCUGUGUAAUAGCGCUGAUUUUUGCUGCUGCAUACGUUUGUGUGUGAGCGUAGACCACGUGGAUCAUUGUUUUGGAUUGCAGCGAGGCUGCGCUUUCUGCUCUGCGCGCCGCCGCCGCCGCGCGUACCCAGAUUGUUAAUUUUUGAGUGCAUGAUUUUCAGCGUCGCCGUACGCUUGUAUUAGAAGGCCUUGGGCCGGACCCGGUGUUCGCGAAGCUCCGAGCCGUGGUUCCGAGUCCCUGAACCCUGUAUAGUCUGCUACGAAGUUCUAGUAACUGUAAAGGAUUCAGUUUAUCCCUCAUUCCCCGGCAGAUUAGCUACCUGUCGCGGGAGAUCACUGUUUCCAGUGAGAGGUUGUUAGAGUGAUUUCAGACACGAUUCUUUUUCACAAAUCGCCGCAUUUCGUGAAUUUAAGUCCGCAGUUUUGUCUGCUGUUGUAAGAUCUGUCUGUGUAAACUCUUGUUACUCCCAGAGGAGUCUGGUGAAGCAAUCCGCUGUUAGAGACGCAGCGUUGAAUUUUCCCAUUGCCACUGCGCGCGCAGCCGCAGUGAGGUGUUAACCCUUUGGUGUCCAUUGGAGAGACUACUCGGCCAGUGUUGAAUAGGCAGGCCACCCCGAGGGGUGGAGCCAAUAGUUACGUCAUAACGUUGCGUCGCGACGUACGGAGCGGUUGAACCGCCCCCUAGAACAUCGCCCUCGUGUGGUGAGCGGCAAGCACUGCAAGCCGGCUCACAGCCACGUGGCCUUUGUUUUGCUUGGACCUCAUUGUAAACAGACUGCAGUCUAGCCGACUGCCACGCCUCCCUGUUGUCAAACAGAUGCCAUGCAGACAUAGUCAGAUUGAGUUGGUUGAUUGAGUCUUUAGUUUCUGUACUACAAAUAAAACGUUGAUUUACUUGAUAAACAACUUUUAUUUUUACUUUAUACAGAUAGAUCACCUGCCUUAUCAAGGAGAAUAGCUGAAUCAAAUCUUUGUCAUCCUGUAAUCAUUGUUCAUUGCCUCCAUCUUUCUGUGACCCUUUAUAAAACACUUAAAUGUGAUCACAGACUUAGGGCAAUAGUUAAUUAAUUCAUUAAUGUAACAUUAAUCAAUUAAUUCAAUAAUUCCCUAAUCAACCUACGAUCAGAAUUUUUGUUUUAUUCCUUUAGGUCAAUUGAAUUUGGACAAUUUUACUUUGAUUAUCUGGUGAAGACUUGAAAGAUUUAAUUGCAUCUACAACUGCAUUGUUGAUCCUGAUUACUUUCAGCUUUUACCUUCCUUCCACGCUUAGCUGACAAUCCGCUAUUUACUUUUAAGGUUUCCCUGUACUCCUUUCUGUAAAGUUUAUUUGACCAAAUCCGGUUUGGACUAUGAGAUUUGGCUGUGAUUAGGUUUGAUUUUUGUACGUAAUUCUUUUUCAGCUAAAAUCCAAAUUCUGUUUUAGCUUCCUUUGUUUGUUUCAUUCCGGAAAUAAACAUCCAGCUAUUUUAGCGUGAACCAGACUUUGCUUAAAGGGCUUAUCUUCUGGUCCUAAAUUCACAGCUUUUCUCAAUUUGCUUUAUAGGCACGGCUAUUUUGUUAAACUCAUUAACCUACCAACCUUACUAAACUUGAAGCAACAUGGCAGAAUGUAAGGAGGCAAGUUGGCAACUAUUUAGUGAGGAGCUCAAGCAUGCGCUGACAACUCUGACUCAGCCGCUGCUCCCAGGCUAUGUAGACGAAGCGAAUCGCACUGAUAACAAUGGGCUUCAAACUGUGUUGAAUGAGGUGAUCGAUUGGGUCACAGAACACCCACCUAAAGAGAAAGAGAUCCCCAAAGCUUUAGCACGCUUGGCUUGUGUGAUGUCUGUCCAAAUUAAGAGACAAGACGAAGCCAUGGGAAGGGCCCAAGAACAGAUACGGGCACAAAUGAAGGAAAUUGAUGAUCUCAAAAAGGAGCUGGGAGGCACUGAAAGGGCUCUACAGCAAGCUCGAGACAGUUUGGAUGAGAUGCAAGCAGAGCCUCCAUCCCAACAUGAUCAAAACCCUUCCUUAGUAACCCAAAUCUCAGACUUGCAUGACACCAUUGAGGAAAAGGAAGCUCAGCUUUCGGACGCUAGGUCCACCAUUCAUGAACAAUUACAGGAGUUGUCAAGAAUGAAAAGCAACCUAGAUCAGUCCUCAACUGAUGCAAGGGACUGGAAGGCCCAGUUUGAAAGUAAAAGGGUGGCCCUCGAAGCAGAAGAGAGACAUUCUGCUAAUCUAAAGCAAAUGCUCCUCGAGACUCAGAGGAAAUUUAGUCUGGGUCAACCACAGCAAGAUCAGAGCGGGCGAAGCUCGCCAAGCAGUCAACAGACGCUUCCAUUCCCUACCUUCCGACCGAGUCGUGUCCCCAGAGGACAUUCAGGUCGAUCAAGUCCGGAUGACACCGGACGGAACUCGGGUCAUACUUUGUCGCCCCUUCCCCAACCAAUACCUUCCGGGUAUCGUUCCCUGAGUUACCAACCUCAGUCCACGCCUGCUGCUCGUCAAGCGGCAUAUCCCACAGACAGGGAUCUGGACAAGAUGGCUCGUAACAUCACACGAUUUGAACCCGGUCGAAAAGGUUCAGAAGACCCAAGCACCUACUUGAAAGACAUCGACUUCUACUUGAGGAAGUUUCCAGGUGCUCUUGUGGAUGACAAAAUCUACUUGAUCAAAGCUACCUCCAAUCGAGAGGUUAGCAGCUUCAUUGAACGACAACCGCGUCGGGUCAAGAAUGACUAUGACCUGCUGUGUCAGGCAUUAAUUGACGAGUUUUCUGACUCCCUUACACCCACUGGUUUAGCUGCUGCACUGUUAGUCAAACAGGAGAGACAGGAAUCUCCCCAGUUGUACUACGGUCGCCUUCGCCAGGCUUACUUUGGUUGUCAAAAUGAACCUGAAAUGGAGGAAGAUCUAAACUUUAAGACUUUGUUUGUUCAAAACCUCCAUCCGACCACGAGUCAUCAUCUUGGUGUUGCUGCUUGUCCCCGAACCUUAAACAGCAGACAGCUCCGCGAACUGGCUGUAAAAGGCUUCGCUAAACAGCGACACACCCAAUCCAAGAAAGCCGAACCUGGUACUGUCUUGGCUGUGGACACAAGGUCCAUGCCCCUAGAUCUGGAGGGCGGUGCCGUGGGUGGGCAUUCAGAUGCACCUCAAACUGCAACAGCCCGACCAACCCAGAAUCUGAAAACUUCCCGAUAUCAGCCAGCUGAUAAAGGUCAAAACCUGAAGCAGCCUCGGUCUGACAGUGAACAACACCAGGUCAGAUUUGACGAAGAUCGUCCACCCUCGUACUCUCGCAGGGAUGGGGCUCACCCUAGAAGGGAUGACACCCAUCGGCCCUACCGACCUGAUAACAGGGGGUGGAGAGACCGGUCAGAUCGUUAUGGCCCACGCCGAGAACGAAACUCAGAGCGACCUUACCCGCAGUCUCAAUCAGCAUUUUCUGACGAAGAGAUGGGUACAAAGGCCAAAUCAGACCCUCCCCAGAAGGGUAGUGGAUCUAAAGGCGGAGCUAAGGGUGAAUCAAAGUCCUCUGAUCUGACAGAGGAAGAACGUAAACUCCUUAGACAAAUAAUCCGUAGAAUACAGAGAAAAGGAGAUAAGAAAGCAGAUCUCUUCUCUGUCGCUGUUGCCGCCGUCCAGAAUGACACUUCUGAGCCAAACAUGAUGCCUGUCCAGCAAAUUGAAUUUCAGGAGGACGUGUGUAUGUCCUUACAGGAGUCGGUGACACCCUCACCAGCUGACACUCCUGCCGAUCUUGAACCUCAGGACAACACAUCACAAGAAACGACAUCUACCAGCGCCGUCUUGGUAGUACAGGCGAACUCCGCAGAUGAGCCAGCCGAAGAAGACUCCUCACUUAUUCGGCUUGAACCACCUUUCCUCCAAUUCUUGUGCAACCUCACUGAGAAAGGCAUCGCACAGAAGUUUUACGUUAAUACCGUCCUUGAAAAUGAACUUCAACACGAAGCACUCCUAGACACUGCUGCUGACAUCACUCUGAUGUCCUCCACGCUCUUUAAUCGCUUGCGCAAUAUGGUGCAGCAGUCCAACAGGGACAUCAAGCUGCAGCCCUGCGCCAUGGAGAUUCGGCCGUACUCCACAGACAGUACGAUUUUAAAAACAAUGACGAUGUUGAACAUCUCCAUUGGACCAAUGAAAAUCAUGCACCCCGUGUAUGUGUCGCCCCUUGAGUCGAUUCCUUUCCUCAUCGGUCAAGACCUUUUAAAACGGUUUGAGCCCCUGAUCGAUUAUCGACAGCUGAAAAUAUGGGCACAGGUCCGCAGACCAUUACCCAUACCAGCAACCGACAAGAAUCGGGCUCAGUGUUAUGCCUUGACGCGUGAACUUGCUACAAGCACACCGACAAGUGUAAGCUCACCGGAACAACCCUACUUGACUGACGACGAGCCACAACCCUGCUCGUGGCCUUUCGAUGACUUAGUCAUAAAAAGGGACACAUUUUUGUGCAAAUUCGAUGACACCAAUGGACCCGACAUGCCCGGGCCAUUGAUCACUGAAGGCAUUAACUUGAAUGAGAAUCACGUCAACGAUGUGAUUUUGGCUCUUUGGGCUGACAAAUCAGCCAUCAGCCGUGAACUGUACGACGCCUUAUCUAGGGAUGACCCGAACCUCCAGUGUGUUCGGAAAGCAUUUCGCUUCCCCUUGGACUCCCUUCCUAAAGCUACCAUGACUGCUGAAGGCGUCUGUGCCGUAAAUGUGCGAUGGAACAAAAGGGAGAUGACUCACCACUUCUUGGUCAUCCCAGACCUACCACAUCAGGUCUACAUGGGAAGUGAUAUACUGGUCAGGUUGGCAGUCCAGGUCGAUACCAUUAACAACAUACUGUGGUCCCUUACCAGUGUUAAUGAGGAAACCCUGACCCCUGAUGUCGACAACAUCAUAUCAGGACAGUCGAUCCCUGAAGCCUGUCAGGUAGCCAAUGAACUUGACAUUGUCAUACCUGCAAUGACCACAAAUGUUCCCAUUCGCUUGAACCUACAACGUGGACAAAAGCUGUCGCACACUCAAGCUUUCUUCCAGCCGUCGUUGCUCUUUCUUAAACUAGGGCUGUCUACUCAAGCAACUCCUCUUCUUGAGCUUCACUCGAGAUUCACACACUUGCUUGUACAAAACAUGACACCCGAAGAUAUCCUGAUCCCUAAAUCCACCCCGCUGGGUUGGUUGAUCAGCACGUCGUUCCAUGACUUUGAAUUGAGGAUUCCUGUAAUAGGAAAAAUGCCCCAUUCUCUGAUGUUAGACCAUUCGCCGGAACAGGUCUUUCAUACCCUACCUUCCAGGGCUAUCUCGCUCUUCCCAACUGUACCGCUGGACCACGACACCAUCUGUCAGGUCGACCUCUCUGAGGAUUCACAGAUGAUCCUGCACACAGUGCAAGUCCUAAGCGUCAGUUCGGAGCCAGAAUUGGCCCAUACACUUUCCGGGGUAGAACCCUCUAUCUUCCCAACCGGGCAAACACCUGAGCACGAUCCAGACUUUGAUGCCAAAGUCGAACAGCUCGUAGCUGAGGCAGACGCCCUGAACUGCGAAGAGGAGCGUGAAAAGCUUCGCAAACUUCUGCACAGAUAUCGAGCCUCUUUCGCAAAAGACUCGCUUGACUGUGGCUUAACCUCUAUCCACUCUAUCCGCAUUCCGACACCACCGGAUGCACCACCAACUUUUGUACGCCAGUACAAAAUUCCCUUAGCGUCCUAUGAACCUAUUCAGGAAAUCAUAGACGAUCUUUUGGCGAAAGGGAUCAUUCGGCCAUGUAACAGUACCUACUCAGCCCCACUCUGGCCGGUACUGAAACCAAAUGGUAAAUGGCGACUGACCAUCGAUUACCGAAAGCUGAACCAACAAGUUCCCCUUUCCAGGUGGCCUAUGGCUCAGCUCCAACAGGAUCUGCCAAAGAUCACUGACGCGAGAUACUUCUCCACUCUUGACGUGGCAUCAGGGUUCUGGACGAUACCAGUACAGGAAGCUGACCAGCACAAACUGGCGUUCACUUUUGCCAACAGGCAGUACACUUCACCCGAUGCCCUUUCGGCUAUGCCAACUCGCCAGCAGAGUUCAACAUCUUUCUGAACAAAGCCUGCCCAGAUGCUAGUGAGAGAGGCACCCUCAUAUAUGUCGAUGACAUCUUAAUGAGGAACCAAACCCUGGACAUGCAUCUCGCUGAGAUUGACCAUGUCCUGAACCAGCUCACGAACGCCGGGGCAAAGAUAUCUCUGUCGAAAUGUCAGUGGUGCAGGACCAAGGUGAACUACGUCGGUUUGCUGGUUGGUCCAACAGGUGUCGAACCACAGCUGAGUCGAAUUCAAGGCCUGUCAAACCUUAAAGCUCCCACGAACGUCUCAGAGCUUCGCAGCUUUUUGGGAGUAUGCAACUACUCCCGACAGUUCAUUGAGGACUAUGCAGACUUAGCAAAACCCCUCACCAACUUACUGAAAAAGGACGUCCCAUUCAUUUGGGGACCGUCCCAACAACACGCCAUGCAAGCUUUAAAAGACAAACUCUGUGCAGCUCCUUGUCUUGCCUACCCAGACUGCAACAGACCGUUCUAUCUGGAGGUCGGUUUCUCUUGUCACUGCCUUAGUGCAGGAUUAUACCAGAUCCAUGACUCGGAUAAACCAGUUGUCGCGUAUGCUAGCAAAACCUUGUUGGCUCCUGAACUAAAGUUCUCCGACUGCGAAAAGGCGCUUCUCGCCACUGUGUGGGCUGUGAAGCAUUUUUCGAAUUAUCUUGGAGGCCAAAAGGUGAUUGUGGAAACCAAUCAUCAACCAGUGACCUUCCUUAACAGCCAAAGAAUCAGAGACGGCGUUGUAACCAACGCUCGUGUAGCAUCUUGGCUUAUGGCUCUUCAGAGCUUUGACAUCGAGGUCCAUUACGCCCAAAAUCGCAAAACACCUCUCGGGAUGGAACUCGCAGCGUGCCAAAGCUGCUUGACAGACAGCGCGGACACAGGGUCCCCAACCUGCGACCCCGAGCCACCUGAAUUAUCUUGCCACCGGUACUUCGACGACAAUGUCUGCAAAGACAUGAUUACAGCUUACGUUGAUGGUUGUUCAUACCAUCACGACACUGUUCUUAGAGCAGGCGUGGGUGUUGUCUGGGUCAACCAUGAACCGUGUGAACCACUCAGCUUCAACCUAGGGGCCCAAACGUCCCAGUAUGCUGAAGUGGCAGGCAUUCUGAUUGUUUUGCAACUUGCGGUGGAACACAAAAUCCACGCCUUAACGAUCUGUACAGAUUCCAACUAUGCGCGACUCAGCUUCUCAUGCCAUCUGCCUUUGUGGAAACGCAACGGUUUCUUGACCUCGAACAGAAAGCCGGUCAAACACAAAGAUCUGUUCCUGGCGUGCGACUUCUUGACCUCUAACCAUGAUCUCCAGAUCUAUUGGAAGAAAGUCAGGGGGCACUCUCGUAUCCCUGGUCCAGACAAGAUGUUUAAUGACCAGGCUGACUCCUUGGCCAAGCAGGGGGCCUUAACUGGCUCAAACUGGCACUUUGAGCCCUCUGUUUUUCCCCUCCCACCCGUGCCCCUGGUUUGUGCUGUCACCAGAGCCCAGUCUCAACCUCCACCUCGCCCGGCUCCCUCGGGCCCGGUCUCCGCCACUGUGGCUCCGGCUUUUUCUGACUCUGACUUGCUGGUGCUCCAAACUUCGGACCCAGCCAUUGCUGCCAUGACGCAGUUCCUUUCAGGGCCUCCUGACUCCUCCAUGCCUCCUGACUUGCUUGCCUCCAUCCCUGGCCUGCGCCAUCUUUUCCGCGUGCGCUCUUCACUGCGGCUCGUCAAGGGCCUUCUGGUUUAUGUCUCCGAAGCACUCACUUCGCCUGCCCUCGUGGUGCCUCGCAGCCACAGGGGGGUAAUGUUGACAUACGCCCAUGACACACCGUGCGCAGGACACAGAGGAAACAAAGCCACGCUCCAUGCUCUCCAACAGGUGGCCUAUUGGCCACACAUGCAGAAAGAUGUAGUUGACUACAUAAAAGGGUGCCUGGUUUGCUGCCAUUUUCAACCGGCAAACCCACUUCAUCGAGCACCCCUACAGCGCAGAGGUAUCUCCUUUCCUUGGUCAGACCUCCAGAUCGAUUGGGUGGGUCCUCUCACUAAGUCAGCAAGAGGAAACAAAUACUUCCUCACAGUUGUCUGUGCAUUCACCAAAUGGGUAGAAUGCCUACCAGCCCCAAACGAUACGGCUCAGACCACAGCAUACCUCUUGAUGAACCACAUCUUCUCGCGGUUCGGACUCCCAACUCGUGUCGACUCUGACAGAGGGACACAUUUCACCUCAGAGGUAAUGCAACAACUGUGGCAACUGUUGGGCGUCAAAGCCAACUUUCACAUCAGCCACCACCCCCAGUCGUCUGGACAGGUAGAACGGGCAAACCGAACAGUGGUAACCAUACUGAAAAAGUAUGUGUCAGCCAACCACAAGGACUGGGAUGUUAAGCUUCCCUUGGUCCUGAUGGCCAUCAGAGCGACUCCACAUGGGUCAACCGGGUUUUCACCCUUCGAGUUGAUGACGGGCAGACAGAUGACCCUACCUCUGCACCUGCUGUAUCAGCCAGGUGAGGCCAGUAUAGCAACGGCCUACACGACCCAUCAGUACAUGACUGACUUACACCAGCACCUGAAGGCAAUGUUUGCCUUCACCCAAGAGCAUCUCAGCAAAAGUGCUGAAGGACGCAAGUCCUAUUAUGACCAAAAAGCCUCCCAACAGGAACUCCAAGUAGGUGACAAGGUAUGGUACUACCUGUUCACCCAGCCCACUGGAGAUAAAGCCCCAAAGUCUGGGAGACUGGCACGAAAGUUCCUGCCCCGCUGGGCAGGCCCGUACCUGAUCACUGAAAAGCUCUCUUCUGUUGUGUACCAAAUUAAGAUCGCAAAGGGCAACAAAGAGCCGACCCUUAAAUGGGUCCACCGCAACCAGAUUAAACUUCACCACAACCCCAUGGGACUUGUCGGGGCCUCCAGCGCCACCCUUGAGUCAUAAACUAGAACAGUCCCAAGUUCUCCUGAUUGACGUCAGGUCCCCUAGUCCUCAUAGAUAUUGUGUCCACGUGAAGUUUAUCCUAUUUGUGCGUCUGUAUUAUUGUUGAAUUGUUGCCACUGAGUUGCCCUCGGGCACACUUUGGGUUACGAAGGGGGGAGGAGAAAAUAAAGUGACAGGGAACAUUUGAAUUCUAGAUUGUCCUCUACCAACUCAUCCUAACUAUGUCCACCCUUUUCCUCAGGAUGAUUUGGCUGAUAGCGCUCCUGAUUCUCGGCUUGGUAGCUGCUCCAGCUAGCCCUGAGAUCGUAGAGCCAGGACCGGACUCUGGAAUUGUGUUAAGGGAUCAGCCUGGACUCCUGAUAACAGACUGUCGCCUGCACACACAGAAGGUGUUUGUCAGGCUCAACCCUAAGGAAGUCCUCAAGAAAAAUGUUCCGGUAACAGCUCAACUGACCAGUUGGGCCGGGACACAUUGGAGCAGACAGGUCGUAAAUCACGCCGAGUUGGACAUUACUUACAUGUUAGAGCAACUUCAGAAAUUCACUGUCUCUCAAACAGAGUUAAGUGGUACCAACAGGAGGUCCAAGCGUUUUAUCGGAGCAUUGCUCACCGCAGCCUCGGUUGUUGGCUCUCUUUUUGGUGUUGGGCUCUCCUCUGUUAAUGCAAUUAGCUUAGCUGCCGUCAAACGCCAUGUGGGUGAGCUAGAAGCCGAAAUCCCAGACAUCAGGGCUCAGAUAAACAGACAGCAGACACAACUGCAGACUAUUGGUCAAACAGUCAAGGGCACCGUUCUGGUGGUUAACACCCACACAGAAGUCCUGAAUAAGACGCUGCGUGCUGUAAAUUCUUUGUUGUCGGUGGUCCAGGUCGACUAUGCUCACACAAUGCUAUUGAAUAUGCUCAUGUCAGACAUGUUGCAAGAAAUAUCAUCCUCAAUAGACAGCUUGGCUGCAGGCCGGAUUCCUCCGUACUUGGUACCUCUCUCAUUGGUUCAGGAUUUACUAUCAACUGCAACCAGAGAGGCCACCACUCCUUUACAAGCCCACCUCGCGUAUACCCUAGGUAGCGCUGUGCCGAUCUACGUUAAUCCCGAAGAUCGAGAAAUUGCUUUCCUUAUUAACUUGCCAAUUAUAGCAUCAGGAAGCAUCUAUAGGCUAAAGGAUGUAGUCAAUGUCGGGUUUUGGAAAGAGGACGCACACCUCCAAAUUCAGACCCCACCAGUGGUCGCUUACCACGACAGCAAUCCUGACCUAUAUCUAGCUCCUAACCUGCGUAUGUGCACACGAACCAAAGACAUACACUACCUCUGCCCCAGUAAACCAUUUGUGUGGGACAGUACUAAUGGCCUCUGCGGCCUUACGCCCAUGGUGGCCGACACCAAAUGCCCUACUACAGCAAGACACCGCUCACAAGUGACUGUAACGCAGGCCGAAAGAGUGGGUCACCGUUGGUUAGUUAACACCCCCACCAAGACUGCCAUUGUAAAUUACGACCAGCACGAUACUGCCACACGCAUUUCUCUACUGGAUCAGACCAUGUGGAUUGAGGUGCCACCAAAUGCCAUUCUCCAUAUAGAUGACAUUGCCCUCUUUUACCUCAACCCUGAGCAAUUCGAAACAGAGAUUGAAGUGCCAGCGUUUUUCAGCAAGCAUACGCUGCAGUUAGAUCCAAACACUAUUUCUCAAAUCCAGUAUGCAGGUACUCAGAUCAUUGACCUAACGCCUGUAGAUGACGUCCUUAUAGACAUAAGGUCCCAAGAGAAGUCCCCGCUGCAACCAAUAGUCUAUGUUUGGUCCACCCCAGACACCUUACUAGCAGCCGCCAUAGUGUUAGGGUACCUCCUGACCUUCGGGUUAACCUUCAUCUACGUCAAACGUGGUAAAGCCCUACAGUACAAAAUAGACCACUGUGUAACUAGGUUACGACUCCGUAGACAACCUGAAACGGAACAGGAAGUUGAACAGCCAGAGGAAGACAAGGUGAGCCACAUGCUCGAGGUGUAGUCAGCUUCCUGUAACCCCGCACCCAUAGAUGUAGUAGGCUUAACACACACAAUAGAUCUAACGAAGUAGAUAGUUCUGAACGAGACGCAUCACCCUCCUUGGACUAACUGCUGCUUCCACCUGGUCGUCUCAUCUCGUCGUCCCAAUGGCUCCUGGAGCUGACAUCGAGACGAAGGGGGGAUAUGUAAUGAGACAACUGCUUUCUGCUAUCCACCUUGAAUUCACCCCUCAAAGGAAUGCAGGCUCCUCUGGUUUGGACAGGAAAUGGGGGAGUAACGGUUUGCACACCAAGUUCCCAUUUACGACCCAGGCAACCAUUUGGGAGGUGAUAGUGAAUCUUUAACGCUUCCCAAAAAGGACAAGUUGCUUAUCAACCACACAGACCCAUAAACACGGAGUCUCUCACCCUGGUUGGGAAAGAUCAGAAUUGACACUUCAGGAUUAACCCAAUGACCUAGGGGGGAAAACAGGCCAGUUGGCGCCAAAUCUGAAAAACCAGAUACCUGCCAUAAAUUCCUUGGCUUUCUUUGCAGAGCAGAAGGAAGAGGAUGCCUGAAAAUGGUUUAACUUCUUGUUUAAUGGACACUUCACCAGAAUUUUCUGUCUGUACACCACAUUCUUAAUGAAAUGGUCUUUUUCCCAAUUCUGUAACAUGUCCACAAGCCAAACUGUUAACUUCACAAAUUUAUUCCAGGUUUUCCAUGGACCAAGAGCUCCUCCUAGUGGUGAUGCCUGAAUAUGGUUUGAUCAGAGCCAAAUGGCAGGAAUCUAAUCACGUGUAUUUCUUUCCUUUUGUUAUACACCUCGUAGCUUAGUAAAUGGUAUUCCCAAGAUAGGCUAGUAGUUUAGAAGUAGUAACGUGAAACUCGUUUAGACUCAAGUAAAGAGUUUCGGAAUGUAUCCAUACUAUGUUUUAUCUACCUCACACAAAAAUAUAUAUUAAUCAUCUAGGAAGCUUGAUUGACAAGGUUAUAAUGUUGUCAAAUAUUAUUACGUAUGUGUUUCUUAUGCUGGAUGGUGUUUCUGUUCGAAUAGAUAAUUGGUUUUCUGUCCCUCUCUAACUUUUAAAAGUCGUUAAUCCUCUGUUAGUGUCAAGAAGACGGCUGAUCAAAGUUUACUGUUUUCAAUGUCAUGCUUUAAUGCGUCUGCUCAUAAGAAACAAUGAAGUGAAAUGUGAUCGUAUGUGAUGUUACAAACAGUUUAAUCAUAGUGAGUGAGUAAAUUAGAUCUAGCUCGCUUUUAAUAUCAAGUUGAGUUAAUUCGCUGCCAGUCGAUGUGCUGCAUCGGGUUACAGCAUUGGCUGUAACUUUCCUCUUGGCUCACGCCCACACGGGACUGUUUAAAAGAGCCCGGGAGUCUUUGCUCAGUCUUCAGUUUUUUCUUCUCUUCAGUUUUUCUUCUCUUCUGUUUUUUUACUCUUCAGUUUUUGUCUCUUCCGUUUUUGUCUCUUCUGUGUUUUCUUUUGUCUUCGUCUAUCGUUCGCAAUUUUUCCCCGCGUUUUAUUAAGUGCCUUAAGCUCAGAUUUUUAUUCUAAACUUGGAUGAAAGCAUUCCCAAGUCCUUUAGAGCCUCAGUAACAAGCUGCGCGCAUAAGAGAACCUCAGUCUAAGUUUUUUUAUUUUUGUUCGCUAAAGUGACUCCUGAAGAUAAUAUCGGCUGGCCAGCGAAAUUAUUUUCUUAAGUUAUUGGCGCGAAUUAAUCUGCAACCAAGCAAGUCCUGAACGCCGACCAGCAUCAUCUGCCAAGCUGCUUUGCCACCUGGUUCCGAGAGGCCCAGAGAUCCGAAGUAUCUAACGGCGCUGACACGGUCCUGAAGCUGAGAUCCAGACACGGCGGAAGAACUCCCCGCCGAACCUUCAGUAUCCGGUCCGGUAGCCACAGAACUUCAGCUGAUCCAUUCCAAGGGUGCCGCUGAGAACCGACGUCCAAAGUAGGCUAAAUCCUCUAAACUGCUGUGAUGAGAACUGGGUGAUGCCGUCAACCGUUCAGUAGCUUACUCUUAUAAGUUAUAGUUUAGUUCUCCAAAUUCCUUUUAUUUACCCUCGUAACUCCGUUAACGUAGGUUAAAUUUCCCCUUUUUCACUCACUAUUAUUAACCUCCAGUCUUAGGUUUAACUUAAACUAUUCCUUCGUUUAUUCAUUAGAUGUGCUUUGAUUUGCUCAUUAUUUGAUCAUCAUUUAUUGACGUUUUGUUAUCAUAUAGCUUGUUAAUAAAUUGUCCAUUUAAUUCUAAGUUGUCGUCUUAGUGGUCUUUCAGAAAGUAGUCCCUGAAUGAAGAAUUCCGGCCUCAGAUGAGAGACUGAUUUAAAUCUGUGUAAGACUGAUCCAACGUUUAAUUACUCAAUUGAACUUUGUUUCGUCCUUUUUCCCACCAGAAAGGUGGGUGGUGCCCCUUCAACGAGUGCAUAAAUGUCAUAAUUUAAUUUGAUUAAUUUUCGACAUUUAUUUUGAAUUUAAAAUCGCUACAAUGUGGAGACAGUGCAGGACUUUAAGAUUUAACAUUUCUAUGUAUUCAGAGGAACUUUUUAAGGAAAGAAAAUCUAAUUUAGAUCUGUGGGAAAUCCAAACAGGAAGUUAAGCCUUUUUAUUCCAGGAUGUGAGCUUUGACACUCGUCUACACAGAGGCCAUGACUUCUCUGUUUUUACCUGUCUGCUUGUCAUGGUUUCCUUUGGUCCGUGUCCUCCUCAGAUCCACACGGGCAUGCAGCACCAGAUCAUCUGGCCCUGUCAGCCAUACUGUGUGCCUCUGGGUGAGAAACUGCUGCCUGAGCUGAUGAAGGAGGCGGGCUAUAGCACAUACAUGGUGGGAAAAUGGCACCUGGGCAUGUACAAGCGGGAAUGCCUGCCCACACGGAGAGGCUUCGACAGAUACUUUGGUGAAUUUAAACACAGACGCUGUUAUUAAACUCCAAGAUUAAGUGUUUUAGGUCAUAUGACAAAUUUACAUCCAAUAAAUACCCUCCUGUCCUCCACUGUGCACUUUAGGCUACCUGACUGGCAGUGAGGACUAUUACACUCAUGAACACUGUGCGCAGAUCCCCGGUGAGAAGCUGACUCGCUGUGCGUUGGACCUGCGGGAUGGGGAAGAGGUCGCCUCAAACUACACUGGAGUUUAUUCCACCCACCUGUUCAGCCAAAAAGCCAUCGAAAUGGUUGCACAACGAGCCCCUGCGAAGGUGAGAGAAACACACAUGCAAGAGAAGACGUCAAAGCUUCAUCACAGUGAAGAAGAAGAAACUGCAGAUAAUGUGACAAAACACUGACCUUACUUUGAACUAGUCUUGUUGACAUAGAAAAGGUGAAGAGUUGUAAAAUCUUCAUACUGUGUGAAAUGAUACUGAACUCCUCACAUGUUGUGCUCUUCUUUUUGCAGCCACUCUUCCUUUUUAUGUCGUUUCAAUCGGUCCACAGCCCCCUGCAGGUGCCUGAACGCUACCUGGACCCUUACAGUUCCAUUCAAGACCACAACCGCAAGUUGUAUGCAGGCAUGGUAUCAGCCAUGGACGAGGCAGUGGGCAACAUCACCCAGGCUUUUAAGGAGAAUGGACUGUGGGACAACACUGUCCUGAUCUUUUCCACAGGUACGUUUAAUCACUGAAGCCUUGAAGAAACACCACCUUUGUAAACUUAGUAACUGUUCAGUGGGUAUUUGCACAAAGUGUUUCACCAUAUGGUAAUUAAAUAUCAAGUCCCUGCUGAAACAAAGCAAACAGUGACGUGGGUAGUAGUUAACUCCCUCUGUCAUUCUAGUUUUUAUCAAACAAACAACAGAAAUCUGAGUUUCUGUGUUCUUAAGUAGAAAAUAAGAUCAAACAAGGAAACAUUGGGAUGCAUUUGAAGAGUAAUACUUUGUUUUUUAAAGUUAAGAGGAUGUUUUAAAAGGGUGAGAAGAUAGUUUGACCACAAGGUGGCACUAUAGGAGAGCUUAUGACCUCUUCAUCUCAUAGUUUACAAUAUUUGCACUGCCUUCGUCCAAAUAUGUGUGCUAACUGAGAUGUUAAACAAUGACAUCUGAGGAUUUGUGGAAAGAACAGAAGAGCAUGCAGGACUUUGAUUUUUGGAUGUAUGAAUUUAUCUUGUCACCACAAGAUCCUUCGCAGACAGACACUGGAAAAACUCUACAUAGAUUCUGAUGCGACUGUGACGUCUAAAUGACAAAGUACACAGUUCUUGUAUUCAGUUGGCAGAGCAAAUAAAGUCGACACAGUUAUAAAGAUACAACCUUUGGUAACAACUCAUACUAGAUUUUGUGAUUCAACUCGUGUCAAAAGUUUUUUAGUGGUUUUAUCAGUAAAGCUGUCAGGAGUUAUCCUCUGCAGACUACAGAUUAGAGUUUCAUGUCAGUACAUAUGUGAUAUAAGUAUUUAACACUUUAGUGAUGCAGUAGUAAAAGUAAUGAGGUAGGUUAGACUCGCUCUUCUUCAUGUAAGACGAUCCUGCAUGUUGCAGAAGCACUGGAUCGUCUUUCUUCAUUCAAACUCACCUCUAAAGUUUAGAUUAUGUAACCCACUUAAAGAUCACACACACGGGAUGGUUAGGUGAACUCAGCUGGGAACACUUAUCCAGUUUCCACUGCUUUUAGUUCUCCUCCCUCAAACUCUUUUAUAGUGAGCCAGAAUGGAAACCGAAUCAUGAGUGUGAAGUAAAGAGAAACUGCAUUUCAUGUUCUCAGACUCAAUACUGCGUUUUCUCUCUGCAUCUCAGCCGGGUUUACCGGUUUAAAGGAGGUUCAGGUGACACCCUGGUGACAGCUGCAUUGACUUAGCGCAUCAGGGGGUUAGAUAAUACUUAAAUAAACAACACAUAAUACAGAUACACAAUCUAGAGAAACAGUGUUCAAAAGAUGAUCCAAAACCAGGAUUCUGGUUUCGAUCUGGAUCAAACUUUCAGUAAAACCUUUAGAUGGAUGGCUGAAAUUCAAGGUUGAUAGGAUGAUAUUUUGAUGCUGGUUUUCAAGGUUCCCCGAGGUUGUGCCCCUCUGAUUUUGGUGAUAGGAGUAAACUUUUUGAACUUCUUAUCUUCUAUUAUACCCCAGAAGUCCACUAGAGGCCAGUGUUCUGCUGUAUUUGGCCUGUUUUAGGCCUCAAUCACUGUCAAGACUGGAGGCGAAUGUUUGCAGCCUGAGCUCAGACUCAGAGUAAACCUCAGUUUGCUCAUCCUGUUACAUAAAACUGUACAGCAUACCAAGAAUAGACCUUGGAGUGGAGAAUAUACCAUAAUCAAAUGUGGUGUAGCCUCAGUCAAACAUCUGCCUGCCCAUGUGUUUCCACAUGUAGGUAACUCCUUUGAGGGUUAUUUUUAGGGGGUUUUUGGUUUUUUAAAGGGUGAUUAGAAGACAGGAACAAUGCUGUGAAAGUGAAGUGUGAGGUUUUUUUAAACGCCUGUGUAGGUGGCCUGUUUCAUUGUUCUUCCAACACAUUUGGUUGGCUCUGACUUGAAGGGGUGCAGCCAGCCAUAUGCCAGGCAGACACUGACUCUGCUGAUCUGAAACUCAUAGGGGGGAAAAACUCAAAACACUUCCUGCGUCUGAGCCAAGAUGAUUCUUUGACUUGAACUUGAGGUGUUAUUUCCAAAUGCUGAAAAAUCGACUAAUCGACUAGAGGUUUGCCAACUCUGACGGCAAACCAUCCUGUUUGGCGGGGUGAAAAUAUAUGGAUAUCAGCACAAGAAGGCUAUUAAACACAAAAGGCUAAAAUAUAAAUAUUUGGCGAAACACUGGACGUUGAUUUACGUGGACUCUAUUCAAUCUUCCCGUCUCCAACUAGCAAUACUUUUUUUUGUUGGAUAGUAGGGGAAAUUCCGCCUCCUUUGCCUCCGAUAGGCUAGAAAAGCUGGAAACGUCAUCACCUUCAAACCAAACGCGGGCUUUCGGCUCUGUACAUCAAGCAGAACAUUACAGAACAUUAUCGCACUUCUGAAUCUCCUAAUCCUAAUCUUAAUCCUAACCCAGGAUUUCUACUGCAUCUGGGACAGCGCCGAUCUGGAACGGCACAGAUUUUUGCCAUACGCCAAUUCCUACCGGAUCCAUUUGUGAGGCGAAUUUCAUGGCGGAUUACUGACGGCAGGAAUCACAGGAACUCACAAGAACCCACGGAUUCACGGCAUGCUCCGUCAUCUGGAAAAAACAGAAUUCUUGCGAUCAGCUGCGGAGUCUGGCGAUCCGCAGCGGAACGGAAAGAAGCCGGUGGAAAUUGAUACAUUAACUUCAAUGGUUAUGAUCAGCUAUGGUUGGCGGAUACAGCCUUUUCGUAGCGUGAAAAUUGCUGGUUACCCUUACCCCAACAGAUGAUGACAUUUUACAGCCAUUAGGAAUAAUUAAUCGGAGUCCAGCACUUCUAGCCAAUCAGGGGCGAAGGAGGGCGGGACCUACAUCCUACAAAAAAAUAAGCCUCCCGCAGGUCUCCAAUGGGUUGGGCAGAUCCAAAAUGGUGAAAUCAAGGGGGUGUUCUGAGACAGGCUGCUACCUGUUCAACGGGUGUGCUCUGAAAUUACCCUCAUUAGCACUUGCUAUGUCCCUCCUGAUGACAUUAACCAUAGACUGUAUUGAUGCAGAAAAAAAUCGCGUCGACCAAUCAGAAUUUUGGUCGACUCAGCACGUAUCGACCAACAAGUCGAUCAGUCGACUAGGACUUUACAGCCCUUAAGUGUUUUCAUGUUCAAGUUUUAGUCAGUGACCCACAUUCGUCAGGCUUUACAGGAAAUAAAUGAGCCCGAACCGAACCCUGAAAUUCCUUUGUGAUGAAAUUUUCUACAAACAGACUGCCUCGUGGGGACUUUACAGUAAGAGCAAAUGAGCUAAAAAAGCUUCAGGGGGGGAAACUGGGAUUGAGAGUACCGGCCCUCGGAGAGCCAAAGCAGCUUGAAAAGGCAUUAAGGAGCAGACAGACUCUUCCAGAACAGCUCAGGAGUCGCCAACAGUCCACUUCCUGGACUUGCAUGUCACUCUGCUGUUGAAAGGAGAGCCCUGCCUGGAAGUGAUUGGUCAAGUGUGUUUAUACUGGAGAGACUUAUUGGGAUGAUGACAGCCAGUGUAACAGCCUGUGUAUGCACUUGUGUAAUGGUUGGAGGGUUUGCUGGAGUACUCAUCCUACAGGGGUGCGGUUUGAUCGAUGCCACAGUUAGUCGUCUGGUAACUCAAAUGAAGUAUAAAAACUUAAUUCAUGAAACUACUGAAACGUGAAAAACAAAGAUGGUGAACAAACAUGGUACAUGCCUUGUAAUCUUCUGCACACAAUCUUCGUGCCUAGUUAUAUCUAUGACCUCAGCUCUGAGCACAUCACUCUGUAAUUGGUUGCAUGGCAUUGACUUUGCAAACCUCGGCUGAGACGGUUUGUUUACUUGGUUCGCAGUGGCAGAUUGAGUCAUCGAAGGGACUUUCAAAAUCCUGCAGAUGAUUUUGCUUUUCGACAGAGGGAGAUGAAAUGUUCCUCCAGGCCAAAUCCGAUGUUUUAAAUCAAUAUUUUCCACAGACUGAGCCACAUUUCUCCCCUCUCCUCUUUCUGACAGGAAGAACAGUCUGAGCUGUAAACGUAGGAGUGCAGCUCUCUUAAUCGUUCAGGAACACCUUCAUAACUUUUAUCUUAAUGAUUGAUUAUCUGUCUGCCUCAUCUUCGCCCUUCGUUUUUACACUUUGUCCCUGUGGUUGUUGGACAGAUAACGGAGGUCAGACACUGUUCGGCGGCAAUAACUGGCCGCUGCGAGGGAGGAAGUGGUCACUGUGGGAAGGCGGGAUCCGGGGAGUCGGGUUUGUCUCCAGUCCGCUACUGGAACGUCCCGGAAGCGUCAGCCGCGAACUCAUCCACAUCUCUGAUUGGCUGCCAACUCUUGUGGGCCUGGCUGGAGGGAGCACCAGGGGAACGAAACCUCUGGACGGAUUCAACGUGUGGAAUGCAAUCAGGUGAGUUUUGAUGCUUUGCUGUGUCAAAUUUAGAGAGUUUACACCUAAAGCUCUUUAGUAUGACAGCCAGCCCUCUCUUUGUGCCUCUCUCUAGUCUGAACCAUCCCCCCUUAAAGUGGUCUCCAUCCAAACUCCCUCACCCUGACCCAGUGUCUUUUUCUUGUAGGAGCCCCCCGCUCCUUCAAUGAGCUCUUUGUUACUUUGGCAAAGGGAGCUCAAAGAGAAGGAAAUUCCAUCAGUCAUUCUCACACAGAUCUACAGCCCCUCCAUCCUUUUUAACCCUUAUCCUCCUCUCAGCUCUACCUCUGCCCCUCAGAGCUGUGAAAGCCUGAUCAGAGCGUAUUAAACUGGAUCAAGCCAACAUGAAUAUAUCCAACUCUCUUUGGCAUCCAAUUUCAACAUCUUGCAAUCGCUGCAAUCUUGAAUUUUUUACCACAGAGCAGGAUAGUUCUAGAACUUGGUAGAGCACCUUGCAGUGUUUUCUCUAUGGUGUAUUUGGCAGGGCACUCCACCCUGCCAACGAGAUCCCAACCUGGAAAUUAAAGUUGUGGAAUAAAAUAUACGUUUAAUAUUUAUUUUAAUCAAAACGGCCAAUAAAAUAUAAUUUGCGCAAUUUCAGACUAUAAAGCUCGCAAUCCUUCCAUUACUUUCAAGCAAAAUGUGUCUCUCCGCUCCUCUGCAAGAAGUGGGGCUCUCUGCUCGCUCUUCUCUCAAUUUUACAACAUAAACGCGAGCUGACAUGCCGAGCCACGUAGUUCAGAGGCGCGGCAUGUCAACACCACUGAUUCUGCGCGCGCUUGCCGCUCAUACCCUGCCGGUUUUGCACAGGAUGGUUUGACUACCUGGGGUUCUGGCUCCUUUCCAUCAUGUUUGUCGCCAACAAAACAAUGAAAAAAAAACUGGUCAAUGUUCAGCAACUGAAAACAGUGCUGGCUCAUCUCCCGCCACCUCCAUAUGACGUAUGUCUACAUCAUACGUACCCUCACCACAACCACCGAUCCUAUCUAAAAACAGGAAGUGUUAUAUUUUGAAAAGUAGUUGGAUGUUUUAUUUUGUGUCUGUGCAAAAAACGUCCUUUCUAGCACGGGUUAAUCUGUUCUGAAUUUAUCCAGCUUCCGGAAAAAAUAGAACUCUUGCAAUCAGCUGCGGGGUACGGUGAUCUGCAGCUGAACGGAAAGAAGCCGGUGGAAAUUGAUGCAUUAACUUGAAUGGUAACGAUUGGUGGAUACGGCCUUUUCAUAGCCGUUCCGGAUACGGUGGAAAUUGGGGGAAAGAGGCCACAUCAGCAUCUUAUAUACAGCCUUUGGUCUGGCGGUAAAUCCAUUCGCCUCAUGUACAGCGACUCAAUGAAAAUAGCUUUCCCAUUCAAACUAAAUCACUCUUUCUCUGUGCUUUCUGUGAUUUCUUUUACAUUAUUCAAAUUGUCAUGCUCAAGUUCUCCAUGAUCCAUCUUCCCACCCAAAAGCAUCCGUCUUUCACAAGUAAAUAUCCAGAAAAUAAAUAUUCAGACAGUAAGCUCUAUUGACUCUACAAAACAAUCAGUGAAUCAGAUUUAGUGUCCGCUCUUGUGUUGGUGAUUAUAGUACACUUAUGUGACCAUCAGUGGCCGCCAUGUUGGUUUGAGUUCAGGUCAUCACACUGGCUGUCAUCGCGCCCUGUUUGACUGACACAUUAUAUUUGUAAACUAAAUGUGGACACGGUGAAGAAGGUGAAAUUGAGGGCUGCAGCAGAAAAUCAAGGCUUAGCCCGGACCACAAACUACCACUCACUGCCUCCACUUGACUUCAUUGGCUGGCUCACGUCAGCUGACCGCUGGGCUGUGCCGCAGUUGCCGUGUGAGCUCGGCGACAAACUGCUGUUUGUUUGUUUUAUUUCUCUCUUUCACAGAGUCAUUUUGUUUUUAAUUGACCUGUGUGUUAGAGAAAACGGCAGGCCGACACCUCGACCUGCGACUCGACAAACCAAAAUGAAGGUUUAAAUCAGGAGGCGGGCGAGUGGCGGAGAGCGGAGGGAGAGUUAUUUUAGUUGUGUUAUCAGACGCUGCGGUCAGGGAGAGCUGUGUGUUUUCUCUGUGGUGGAGUGCGGUCAGAGCAUAUGACUGCCUGGUGAACGACGGCCAGCUGCUUUAGAUUUACAGACCCCGGUGGAUUUUACAGUGCAUGAGUCAGACAUCACUGUGUGUGUGUAUGUGUGUGUGUGUGUGUGUUGGUUGUGUAUCCAGAUGUUAAAGAGUUAAACUGAUUUUUAUCUUCCAGCAAAGGGUUUGCCUCCCCCAGACUGGAGCUGCUGCACAACAUCGACCCUCUCUAUGAAGACAUCGCUCCAUGUGAGUACACCAACGUGAUUUAACCCUUACUUUACCAAGAACAUAGAACGAGCAGGCAGGCCUGUUUAGCAGCAGGACUCUUCUACUACUGAGCCAUGCUGUUGUUAUCCCUACAGAACGUGGUUUAUCAUUGUCCUGCUGGAAUAUGAAGGUCCUCCCUGGAAAGGUCAUUGUCUAAGUGGCAGCAGAUGUUGUUCUAACACCUGUAUACAGGUUAUUCUCAAUAAGUACACUCAGACUUAGAUAUAUUACGUUUUUCUUUCUUUUCAUUUUGAUUAUUGUAAUUUAUACCUAAUGAAAACCUAAAAUUCAGUAUAAGGACUACAGAAGAGGAUUAGGGCCACUGAGAGGAAAAAGAAGGGGUCAGAUAUGUAUUUUUUUAUCAUUCUGAGAAAAAAAGGUCAGAAUUCUAAAAUUGAAGACCGAAUUCUGGCUUUAAUCUCAGAAUUCUGACUUUUUUUUCUCAGAAAUCCAACUUUAAUCCCAGAAUUCUGAUUUUAAUCUCAGAAAUCUGACUUUAAUCUUAGAAUUUUGACUUUUGAUUUUAAACUCAGAAUUCUGUCUAAUCUCCAAAAUUCUGUCCUUUAUCUGAGAAUUCUGUCUUUAAUCCCAGAUUUCUGUCUUUAAUCUCAGAAUUGUGACUGUAAUCUAAAAGAUUAUAUAGGACCUUUUUUUUUUUUUUUUUUCCCCAGUGGCCUUAAUCCUCUUCUGUACAGGACACCACUUACAGUGUCUUAUAAAAUGAUUAACCUUUUCCACUUUCACUUUGAAGAGUCUCAGCCUCUCUUUAUUUACCUUUAUUCACACCCAGUCACGUUUCUAAAUAACCUCAUUUGUAAGAGGACUUUCCUACAGGUGUUAAUUUUAGCAUUAUACAUAUUUUUCAGUAUUUUUUGUCCCUGUUUUAUUUUUUUUUAUAUCAUGUUGCCUGUAUCAAAUCUAAAAUGAGCAUUCAUUUUUUUUUAUAUCGCAACAUUUAAGUCCAGUUUCAAUAGUUUUCAGCCGAACAGUGGGUUUAAAUGAUUCACAAACCAUCAAAAUCAGUUUUCAUAAACAUUUUCCACUCUAUUCCAGCUAUUUCGGAGCUGCAGUUAUAAAAGGUUUCAUGUUACCUUAUCAUACAUGAGUAGCAUACAGCAGCAGAACUGCGUUUCUGAUCCUCGGUCCUGGUUUUAAAGUCUAAUCCAAGCUAAUAAACGGCUCUAGUUUCAGUGACAACAUGAGUCACUGCACAGAAUAAAGUCUGUGUCUGCUGUGAUCAUGUUUGAGGACGUUUAAGGUCAUGGUACCUCUCACAGGGUUUCAUCAUUUGGACACAGCUGACCUUGAGCUCCCACACAGUGGAGGAGAUGUGUUUAAUAUGUGAAGGUAUGCUCCCAUACUGACUUAGCAGAAGGAGUUAUGAUCUUGUGAAAUCAAAACAUUGCUGAAUGAAAAAGACAACCAUUGAGAAAUAUUCCACUCCUGCCAACAGCCUGAGAUCAUUUAGCUCCUGAACGUAAAUGUGGAAAGAAAGUUUGUAUUUGAUGAAUCCUGUAGCGGUGCGACUCCACGUCUGAGCGUCUGUAUGUCUUGGAGGAAUUUUCUGAGCUAAAUGGAGAUGAGACGGAAAUGUGGAAAAUCAUCUGACACUGAGCGAAUCAUUUAAUGGCUGAUCUUAGGAGAAGUUAUGUAACAUAUAAUCAAUUAUUUGAAGUGAAACAGGUGUUUAAUUUAGGAGCUGGCCUCUUGGUCUGUAAUAACUCAAAGGAUUGUCAUCAAACUUCGCAAAUUCAUUCAUCAUGAUCCCCAGAGGAUCAAUCCCACUAACUUUCAGAAUCUUUCCAUGGAGGGCAAAAAUUUCUUUUUGCAAAAAUAUAAGGACAAUUAUUGGAUAUAAAUGGAAAAUCAGUGGUGAAGGAACAAAGGAGGUUUGGUUUAGUUCAGCAUUUGAAUUGUAAGUUAUGAUUGACUGUGGCUUCAGUCUGUUUUAACAAACAUCUACAUGAAUAUGGAAUCUACAUAAGUGUUUACCUCUCAUAAUUCUACGAUCAUUUUCUGUGUCAGAGUAUGAACAUGAUGCUAAGAAAGCUAAUUGAGCGAUAGGGCAUCAAGCUUUUAUUUUGAUUUUUUGUUUGUUUGUUUCUGAUCAUUAUUGUGCUUUUAUUCUGAAGUAUGAGCUUCUUCCGUUAGAGCGCAAACAUUUUUUUUGGAUUCACAAUAAAUCUUCAAAUGUCAACUUUCAAAAGUGUCUGAAGGAUGCUACAGCUAGCUCUCUAGUAGGACUUGGCGAUAAACUGAAAAUUUACCGAUGCCGAAAUUUAUGACAAUAACUGACGACAUUUUGCCCAUAUCGGUAUAUUUGGUGUAAAAUAAUAAAUGAAUGAAUAAAAGUUGGUUUUGGAUGUGUCUAGGUAGGUUAUGGUCCUGUGUUUCUUUAAUACGCUGUCCUACAUCAGAGACGUGACUCCACCCCAUCCAGUCCGUAACAAAGAGGGAAAGACGUGUGGACGGUUCAAAAGUUGUAGCGGCUGGAGCGGUGGCCGAAGUAGAUGAAGUUAAUGUGGGAGGGGUGAGCAGCUUGUGGAGUAGUUAUCGUGCAUUUAUUGUUAUCGAGGUGAACUGCUCAAUAUAUCAUGAUAUUGAUUUGAGGCCAUAUCACCCAGCCCUACUCUCUAACAGCUGCUACGUUUUUGUCUCUUCUGUUUUGGCAACCACCUUAAAGCACCACCCCUAUGAACUCACAGUGCAGUUCUAUGUUUUUUGUUUAAUAAGACAGUUAUCAACACGGCUAUACCUUAAUCAUUGCUAUAGCUAAAGGUUAAUUUUGCUUGUCUAAUAAGCUGCUCUAGAUUGAAGGUAACAGUCUCCGUGAGUGGCACUUGGCAAAUACAGUCUCACUUGACAAUCACAUGUGCGGCUGAAGAAUAUGGCCUGUUAGCUCAGUAAGCUCAGCGUUAUACAGUUUCUCCAAACUGUCCUGUAAAAGUUCAGUUUUUCAUCAGAUAUCAUGGAGAUUCAAAAGGGAAUAAAUGGGUUUCUGGUUGACUUUUCGUAGUGCACAUACGUGAGAAUGAGGUGAUUUUACUAGAUUUGUUUGAUUCCAUCCUCACCUGGGUCCAUUUUGACCAACAUUCAUCUAUCAUUGAUUUGAUCGAGCAUGUGGACUUGAUGGAAACCUCAUGUCACCUCUCCUCCUCCUCCUCCUCUUGCUCCUCCUCUUCCUCCCUCCAUCACUUCUGUUGUAAUUCUGCUGCUUUUGUCUCUCUUCCCAUAACUGCCCCGAGUAUAAAAGACUCUCAUUGUUUGAGCUGGUAUUUUCAACAAACCAGACAUCUUGAAUCCAAUUAGGCCGAGUCAGAGCAGACUGAAGGGGGCCUAAGAACAGCGGGUUAUAUAACAUCAGUUUAAACUCACUUUAGCGCAUUAGAAAUCCACCUCUGGUUUGUUAUGAGUGUUUGACAUUUAUUUGAGUGGAUUAAGAGAUUAUGAGGAUUCUGGCUUGAGGUGGGUUGUGUAGUUUCUGUCUUACAGUCUCAAAGAUUGUUUCCCAGAGUAUGUAAGUGAAUGUUUUUAACUUUUAUUGUAUGUUUUAUUGGCCUUAAGUUGUUUUUUUUAUGCAGAUAAUGUGCAUCUUUUCAUUACUGUUGACUAUCCCUAAAACAUUUGACUUCUUAUCUGGGUUUUCCUCGUCUGAUUUCAGCUCAUUAUUCUGUUUUCACCUGAGGAAUGCUGAUAACACCAGGCUGAAGCUGUGAUGGUCAACACUGUUGUAAUCUGAGAUAGUCGAGUGUGUGUGCUUACACUUUAGACUCUGUGAUUGUAGGGAGGUUUCCAGGAAACAGGUCUUGUGACUGCCCUUUUCUCUCACUGUCAGACUCACUGGAUUGCUCUCAUUCUUGCCUAAACCACUUAGUAUUAGGUGGUCCUGGUUCUGCUCUGAGGCCACUGUUUCUGCUGCACCUUGGUUUCAUGUUCAGAAAUAGCGGAGGGGUCCGUUUUUGUUCUGAAAUGUUUCACAGAUGUGGCAUAAUGGGCUGACAUCUCGUCUUUUGAUCUACUGUAAAGGUAUAUCCUUCAUCCUCUGAAGGCACAGUGGUUUCUUCUCUUUUAGCAUGAAGGAGACAUGGCACAGGACUAAUUAUAUCUGAUGACUACCGUAUGUGGCACUGCAGUAUAAUUUAGUAACUCGAUGCAAAAGUUUUGAAAGGAGUUUCCGGAAAAUUCAAAGUUUUUUUCUCCUGUCAUAGCUGAUAACCAGAAACAUGAGCCUUGAAAGCCUUAAAAGGUUCCUGGAGAUCACACUUAGUAGACCAUCUUUAACGGAGUCACUGCAGAGAUCUGUGUUCACGAUCAGCUUUGAAGCAAGUAGGGCUGCACGAUUAAUCGAUUUUAAAUUGUAAUCAGAUUAUUUGAUGAUGGCAAUGUUAAAAGAAAUCAAACUUAAAUCAGAGGAAACCACUCCCCACUGCAAAGUCUGGCUGAAGGCGGUAAAAACCCGUCCACAUGGAAAUGAAUUCAGGAGUAAAUGCUAAAGUUUUUUGUCAUACCGGCGUUUCAUCCACAUGGAAACGACGUUUCAGGUGACUGUAAACGUUACUUUUUGAAAACUGGCCAGAGAGUGCAUAAAUCAAAAAUGACGACCAUUUCAUCUCCAUGUGGAUGCCUAUCUGCAUCUCGAGAAAUGAACUUGUGACACAAAGCAUAACUCUUUUAAGGCACCUGUGCGUGCUCGGUGGUUUUGCUUUGAGAGAUGAUGGAAAAGCUUUUUAUUAUUGAAGUGAAGUUUGGUGAAGUUGCCGCUGAAUAAAAAAAAAGAAAAUCGAGUUUUCAGUGAAAAAAUGGGGAUUUUAUAUCUGGCAAAAAUCGUGCAGCCCUAGAAGCAAGGGAUAGGGGAGCUGACGGGGGGGUCGUUCUCCUGGUGCAGGAGUAGAGACAGGUGCUCGGUUUGCUUCAGGGUGGAUCAUAAAAGUCUUGUUUAAACAGCAAUUUUUAUGACUGGAUGAAGAAGCAAAAACCUUCAAAACAAACUUCACUUUACCUUUCUUGCAGAGUUGGUAUGUUUGCCAGUAGUUUCCUAUUUGAUGGACAAAGUUUUUGUCACAUGAGUUUGAGUUAGGUUUAGUAGAUUCAAACUCAAGGAUUUUUCAAUCUCCAGCCAAUAAAACCUGCAAACCAAAAAGUGUUCACACAUGUGCUAAACACCCAAAAAUGUCCUAAAAUUUCAAAAAUUUAAGCAAGAGUGGAUUCAAAACACCAAAUAUCCUGAAUUUUUCUGAAAUUUCUGCUGAAAGUCAGGGUGAGCCGAGGUGAGAACGCAGCUGGGUAAAGCCAUCGUAGGUCGAACAGCGGAGGCGAUUACAUCUGUAUCAUGUGACCUGUGAACAUCCCGUGAAGUCUUUGUGAAGGCAACAAAGCUUCUUCAUAUUUUCUUCUCUGCUUGCUGAGUUCUUUUCCUCUUUUCUGUUUAGUCAGUGUCCGUUUACACCUCACCGAGUCUAAAAGCAAAAACUGAUAUUACAGCUUCAAACACGUCCUCGCCUGCUGCUUUGGAUAUAUCUGCCUCCUGAGAGCCUCUAGUCCAACAGGAAGAAUUCACUCUGUAAAGGAUGGGUGUGAACAUCGACUCUUGAUCAAGCCAUCCUGAAAUUUUCUGGAAUUUUUCAGGCGUGCAUACAGAGCUGAAAUCAUCCUCCAUGUUUUCAGUUAGUCAUUAACAUCUGAAUCAUUUGGCUUUCAAGAGAAAAACUUGGCGAUACUGAAUCUUCAUUGUCGGUCUUGAGGAGCAGCUUGGGCCUCCCCUCCUCUGCUCCUUCUUCUCGUCCUCCACUUUUGUCUUCAUUCUUGUUUCAGUUUCUCUGUUCAGCUCAUGAAAAGCCCUUGUCCCUCUUUUUUUCCCUGCAUACUUUUCCUUUCAAUGUUCGUUUUCAAAGUCCCUCUCAUUUCUUCUCCCUCUUUGCUGUGUUAGAAGUGGGAUCCCAACUAAAUGGGUCACAGAGGGGUCCCUGAACUUCUCGCUCGUGGUGAGAGAGGAGCUGGAAUCAACCCAAGCCUUAAAUCACCCCAAAUUUCCCCUCCAUGCUCCCCAGCUCUCAGGGUCUCUUCCCCUCCCUCCUUCCCCUCGUGGAUUCUCCUGCUGUGGAUCCAGAUGAGCGAGGCCUCUUCGAGUACGAGGAAAUCAACAGUAAGUGUUGGGGUUUCAGGCUUUUUUCCUGGAAGACACAAGAGGAGAAGAAGAGCCAGAGCACCCUGAAAUAAAUCUUUACAACCCUCCUGCUUACAUAACUGCACCAAGACCUGAAGCCAGCAUGACGUCAGCGCCCCAGAUGUGAGUUUGUCUGCACAAAUGUGUGAUAAGUUUGCUUCAGGAACCGUCCCACACUGAGCUUUAAUACAUGUGAGAACAAUUAAGAUGCCCGCAUGUCAUUUGCGCAACUAUCAGAGGAGAAUUUGAUGUCAAAGCUUUUAUCAUGUGGUCGCAAAAUCGCUGAGAUCGGAAAUGUUUUAAUUCUCCAGUCAUGUCGCUGUGGUCGAAUCAACUCUGUCAAACCAGCUCUGAUGGGACCAUGGGAUUCAUGUGGGUGUGCAUUUGUCUAUACGCGGGGAAUGUGAGGAAAUGCUUGUGUUUGACAAUGUUAGGACAUCCAAAUUACUUUCAAAUCUGCCUAAUCAGGAACACAUUGUUAGGGUCACACAUGGCAUGAACCUGAGAAUAGUCUCAAGGCCAGACUUCCCUUCAAAAGGCAUGCCUGCUUCUGGGAGACAUUUUCAGGGAGAACAGAAAUAGCUUGUGGCAGAAGGCUGCAGAACACUCAGAACAGCAAUGACUGUAAUAAUAAAAAUAUUCGGCCUUAUACAGCAGUCUUCAAGGGCAAAUGAAACUGUUAAUGCUUCUCUGAAGAACUGAAAAAAAGACCUGAUAAAACUGUGAAUAAAACAUGUCUGGUAAGUGAUAAAAAAGUUAUAUAAAAAAACUUAAAAACUUUCCUGCUAAAGUGAGUUUUGAGGAUGUUCAAAGUUUGAUGGUUGCAAAAAGAUAAAAACAGAGUCCUGAGUACAGUUGGGAUGAGAAAAAAAUUAAAUGUGCUUGUGUCGGUAAUGUGUUUGACUCAAGGUAAACCCAGGUCCUCUUGGAGGCUAAUGGUGCAUUCCAUUUACCACGGAAGGUGGAAGUCAGAGCUGGGAAUGACGUCACACCCGAGUUAUCAGCAUUUCAGUUAUAAAGUUGGAAAAAGUAGCCGACGGCCAAAAACGGAAGCAGAAACAAGAUGGCUACAUCUACGAAAGUUAUUCUUGCACUUGCCUUGUCAGAAUAGAAACAACUUCUGGCCAAAUAUGCGGUACUGUUUACUACCAGCGCAGCCAUCUUUAAAUGUCAACUCGGGGUUGUGUGAAUCGUCUGACUUUCCAAGUCUGAAAUCUGACCUGUUCCAGUUGAAAGUUCCGACUUUGAGCUCGGAAAUCCCGACUUCUAAGUAAAACUGGAACAUACCAACCUAAAGACAGCUCUGGAAGCUUCUCCUUUUUUCUUUUUUUUUUCAUAAAAUUUGUCAUCAUAAAUUUGGGUGUCAUCUGCAUAAUGUUGAAUAUAAACAGCUCACAAUUUAAGUUAGAUUAAUUAUACAGUGUAAAUUUAUCAAGUGAGGACCGAGGAUUGACCCCUGGGGGACAACACACAGGUGGGAGCUGAGCAUAAAUUUUUGUAUAAAAUUAAUUAAUCAAUUAAUUAUAAAAUAGAGUUAGGUUUGGGUUGGCUGUGUGUCAAGACCUUAAGACAAGAUUUCAGUCAGCUGGAGCAACUUAAAAUCAAAUCACUGUGCCAUGAUAUACAAAAACGAAUAUUGAUUUGUAUUAUCUGUUUUAACAAGAAAAAAAUGUGAUAUCUUCUUAUUUUCCUAUAUCAUGUGAAGAUAAAGAUAUUGAAAAAAAAAAAAAAAGCCGAGGACCAAGAUUAGAGCCCUGGGGAACCCCGCACAAUAAAGAGGCAGGAAACGAGGUGAAGACUUUCCCUACAGUUAAGAAGUUUUAGUCGCAGAGAUGGGAUUAAAACAAGACAAAAGCACCCGUCUGUAAAACAACAUAGAUUUUAAUUUCAUUAUCCACUUUUCUUACAUAUACUUUUAUUUAUUGAAUUUCCCUUCAGGGAUCUAUCAAUUCUUCUCCUUCUUUAUUUUAUGACAUACUGGUAUUAAAGGUGGUGCUUGCCUCUCUUUGACAGCUCACUAAUUGUUACUAAAAAUAAACCAACUGCAGAAAUGUAAAAUAUUCGUUAUUCUUGGCUGAAUCAGAGGACCAGUGCUCACAGGACCACAUUUCCACUGUGUUUGACGAAUUCCUCCAUCCUAAUGUGUUUGAAAAGAUUCAUUCUCACAUUAUUUCUGUCUUUAGAGGAAAGGAUUGUUUUGGACUGUGCAGUUCUUGCUGUUUCACUGUUGAUUUUAUGACACAAAGAGAACUCUUUCCUUAUUGGUAUAUUUAUUUUCACGCCAACACUUGAUACUGACUGUGAUUCCGAGGUAUGCACUGAGUCUCUCCGCUCGUAUGGUUUACAUAGACGUGCACAGAGGGCGUCUUGUAUCCAGUGGUUGUUUAAUAUCGACUUAAUCAGCAGUUUUGUCAAAAAAAAAAGAUGAUUGACCUUCAUGAUCAGCUCUGUCCUCGCUGUUUCUCUGCAGGUCCUGGAAAAUCGCCUCAGUUAACUUUGGCUGAGGAGGUCAGGGCCAAGCUUGGCUUCAAUGUGUCCAUUCACGCGGCCAUUCGAUCCUCCAACUGGAAGCUGCUGACUGGAUACCCAGGUCAGUAUCUCCUGUCACCCGUAACGACAUGUUUAGUCUAAGUAGUGUGCAGAAAACCAAAUACACUGAAGCACAGACUCAUAUUAGCUCUUUAUCUCUGCUAAUCAGGGGGUGGAGGGAGUAUUAAGGCUCUUUAUUUUAGAUGGAAUUACACAUGGGUCAUCAGAUUAUACUCACAAAAACUAAAUAAGAGAGAAAACCAUAUGUGCUUUUAUCGUUAGUCGUUGGUUAGUUUUUAAAGGUUGGUAUAAUAUUCAAUUUGCAGAACUUGAAAUAUUUUGUGAUAUCUAGAAGUCCUAGUCUAGACUGAAGUGCUCCCUUGCUCACCCCUCACAUUGUUUAAGUAACAGUUAUCUUCAAGGACAAGAAGCUCAUGUCCGGCAUGAUAAGAAUCAAAGUUCAUUUGUGAAGUUUUUCCCACCAAAACAUCCACCUGUAAAACAACCCCCAACUUCUGAUUCCCAACCACAGACUGUGUUAAACAUGGACAGAGGUCCUGCUGGUUUCUGAAUAAGAGUUUUUGAACCCAAAAGUUGGAGGAAAAGCAGACUAAACCUGACUGUUACCUGGGAUUUUCCCUGCCUCUGGAACGGCUCUGAUCCGGAACAGCUGCAAUUUUCGCCGUCCGCCAAUUCCUACUGGAUCCGUUUGUGAGGCAAAUUUCGAGGCCUUUCGUGAUGAUGGACAGAGGGAAUCACAAAAACUCACAAGAACCCGUAGAUUCACGUGCAAUCGCGCAACAACCAGUUGUCUCUAUAGCCACAUAGGCUAACCAUAUAGGCAGUAGAUUGUGUGAGGAAAUCCACCUCUAGACUUCUAAAAUCAGCAUCUCCUCAUACAUGAUGUCAUUGAAAUGGUGCCUAUAAACCUUUCACUUGUUCAUCCCCGCCUGUUUGCAUGGUCUGGAAAAAAUAGAACCCUUAUGAUCAGCUGCAGAGUCCGGCAAUCCACAGCGAAACGGAAAGAAGCCGGUGGAAAUUGACACAUUGACUUGAAUGGUUACAAUCAGCUACAAUCGGCGGAUACAGCCUUUUCGUAGCCGUUCUGGAUGCGGUGGAAAUUGGAGAUUAGUCUACAUUACAAGGCAAAGAGGUGGAGCUGAGGCGAGCCCCCUGGUCCACAGUAACAUCGUACUCACUAGUCAAUUAGCCGUGCCCCAAAUUAGGCAAAUUUAUGCAUAACUUUUGGUUGUAAUUGUCUUUAAAAUGUAUGAGUAAUAAACUUGAAGUAACUGUGAACAGAAAUAAAGAUGAGCUCUUCAGACCAAGAUAUCUUCUGUGCCCGGCUGUAAACUUAUUGAAUUCUGCAUUUUGAUAUGAGUUUUCAUAGUAAAUCCCUCACUUUUGCAGACAGACUCUAGUGGACACUUGAGGAACUGCAGAUUUCACUUCAGCAUUGGUUUCAUUUCUUAACACUGAAGGUUUCCACUUGUUUCCAGUCUGUAUUUAUUCUUUGUAUAUCAGUCCAGAUUAUGAAAAUUAAAGACUUUAUUUCCUUUUGGAUUAAACCCUUCUUAAAGUUAAACCAUGAGAUUUUUAGAAAAUCCUCUGCAGUGGAAAAACGGAACAUUGAACAUUAAACAGGGUGAUAGUACAGAGUGUUAAUAAUCUACAUCACUUAUUUGAUCCCCUUCAGGUUGUGACCUCUGGUUCCCUCCACCGGCAUCCAAUGACCUUGAUUUCGAGAGGUACCCGUGGGACCCUCUGAAGCCUGUGAUGCUGUUUGACAUAGAAAACGAUCCGGAGGAGAAACAUGAAGUGUCUAACGACUUCCCCAACAUUGUGGAUUAUCUCCUCAGCCGACUGCAGCAAUACCAAUCGGGUUCUGUGCCCAUUAUCUACCCUGACGCUGACCCCAAAUGUGACCCAGGUCCUGAUGGAGCCUGGGGACCCUGGGCCUAGAUUUCAGUGGCAACAGUGGAGUUGGUAGCACUUUGAUUCUUCCAGGGUUUACAGCAGGGAUCUCUUUCACGGAGAGCUUUUAGACUUUUAUUUUGCCUCACCUCUCAUUCAUUUAUAAAACAUAUUUCAUCAGAUUAUGAGAUCGUCUUUAGGACUUUUGUAGGGGAGUUAUUUGAAUAUGUAAUAAGAUGAUUUUUAUAUAAGGGUGGAUAAAUUGGGUUGAAAGGUGACACUUUUACACGCUUAUUGGCUUUGAGUUGCGUUUUCAGGCUCAAUAUUUUGUUUUUUUACUUGAAUUUUAACUCCAAAUAAAUGCACAUUUCUCAAUAUCUCCUGUUACAAACAUCCCCACAGUAUAAUUCUAAUUAUUUCCCUGCAGCUAGGAUACUACAACAGAGUAUUAGGGCCACAUUAAAACAAAAAAAGUAAAACUUCGAGAUUAAAGCCGUUAACUUAUGAAAAUAAGGUCAUUACUUAAGACAAAAAAAGUCAUAAUAAAGUCAUUAUUUACAAGAAUAAAGCCGUACUAAAAUCAUUAAAGUUGUAAUUAAGUCAUUACUUACAAAAAUAAAGACUUUUUUCUUGUAACCAAUGAAUUUAAUACGACUUUAUUAGGACUGGGAUUAUAUGCUUUUCUCCCGAUUCGAUUUUUCUAUGAUUUUUUUGGAUGCUAAUUUGAUUUAAAUUACGAUUCUGCGAUAUUGUUGAUUUUCUUGAUAUUCAGUCUGCAUUUUUAACACCAGUGAAACAGUUUAAUGAUUAUGAUUGUGUACUGAGUUGUCUACUGAGUUUUGAAUAUAUAAAUGUAUUUCAAAAUUGUAAAACAAAAAAUCACGAUACUUAUGUGAAUCGAUUUUUCUCUCCCAUCCCUAGACUUUAUUCCCGUUAAUAAUUAUUUUUAUCUUGAAGUCUUUUUUGAAGAAAUUUUUUUUCUUCUUAAUGUGGCCCUAAUAAUACCUAAUACUGCCAUAGGAUACAGAGAUAUACUAAAUGUGCCAAAAAGAUCAUUGUUUUGUAUUCAGUUUGCACUCAAACUUUGUUACUGCCUUCAAGCUGAAGCUGAAAAUGUUAAAUCUUUUACAAUCAAGUGACCAAAAUACUGUGAAUGUUGAUUAAACAGACUCUAAAAUGGGA